CGACACGUAAACAAACCACCCUGAGAGUCCCGGACGGCAAGGUGGCAUCCCAGCCUCUUUUUUCAUGUGAAACUGAUUUAUUUUCACCCACCAUUGAGGGAGUGUGGUUCCAUUUUACAAUUUGGGAUGAGGUGGACGUGCUCAAGUCGUACCGUGAGGAUACGGCACGGUGAACUCGUACGGUACGUGUUUAUAGCCUUGAUCAAUGAUCAGUUGAGCCACUGAUCAAUGUAAACUGGCAUCAGAUAACUAUGGUCACCGACGAUUGAGAGUAAAGUUAAUUUGCUGUCAGUGGCUGCAUGACUGAUCAUGGAUUCUGGAAUACGUAGAACAAAGUUUGUUAACACCAGUCAUAUGAAUGGAGAAGAAACAGAAAGAGCAACCCCAGAGCCGGCUAAUCAGACGUACGUGGCAGGGUCAUUGAAAGGAGAGAACUUUAUGAACGCAGAGGAGGUGGCUUCUACUGACGGCAUAAGAAAUUUAAGGAAUGUGAUGGAAGUAAGUGAGACUGAAGGUAAACGAGCAUAUAUUUGUAGAAAAGGCAGACCUCCAAUCCAUGAUGAGAAAGUUUCGGUACCACCAGAGGGUUUCCCAGAGUCUGCGCUCCAACCGGAAGAAAUCGUAGAUGCUAGUGUUACAACAGAUUCUUUUGAAAGUAAAUUGCAUUAUUUAAGUGAUGUCAGUAGUGGGAUAGAAACUGUGGGUCAGAGCUUCCCAGGCAGUGAUUCUACUAUAGAAAAAAUUGAAUCACAGGCAGGUAAUGCUGAAAAUGGAGACAGUUCGACAAGGGAUGGGAUGACCUUACCUGAUGGUGAUUCCAUUACUCUGAGUGAACGGGGCGAAUGUGAAAGUGCUGAGAAUGCACUGGAAAGCACAGAGGAAGAUGACAAAGAAGAGGAGGAAACCGAGUGGCCAAGUGAAGUCUUCCACAUGUACAUGCUUGGAAAGAUAUGUAGAAUAUGUGCCGAAAUGACGGUGGUAUUUGAUGGGCCAAGGAAAGGCGUUCCUAAACUGGAGAUGGUUAGGCACGUGAAGAAGAUAUGGAAGGUAGAUUUAUCUGAUGAAGAUUCCAACAGGUACCCAGUAAAUGUAUGUGUUCAUUGUGAGAGGAAAAUCAAAAGACUCUACCUGAAAGUGUCCAAGAAAAAGAAAUGUGAAAUGUUCCGCACUGAGCCGGCAUCUUUUGAGCCCCACAGGGAUCAAGAUUGUCCCGUAUGCAUGCUGAGGGAUGCAGACGUUGAAGCCCAGACGCAAAGCAAAGCUGAGGAGAAAGAGAAGAAGUCGCCGGACGAUAAUGCCGAGGCCAAAGCCGCUUCAGAACCGAGGAGGAAUCCGGCCCGCAAACGAGGGUGGCCGGAUCAAGAGCCUCCGUAUAGGUCCGUUGGAUGCCAAACAGGUUGGGAGACAUUUCAGGAUGUUGCAACUGGCCUUGAAGAACACGACUACACCCAGGACGACACCCUCGACCAGUAUCUCAUGCUGCCCAAAAAAUUAAGUGGCAGGACCCCAUAUCACAAACAGCCUCUAUGUGCAGUAAAUACCAAGUACAUCAGGCAAGGGCGGCUGAAACCAUUGAUAUCUCACAUCGAUAGGUAUUGUCAGUCCCAUAAAGAGAACAAAGUGGAAGCCAUGUUCUUUCUGCUGAUGCAGGCGCUGAGGGACGUUGGGGACCGUUCGAGGGAGAAUGCCAUCGUUGACAUAUGGACAAGGAAAGGGUCCAUGGGGACUUCUCUGACAGGGGAGGAGUGUCUUGCCAAGCGUAUCCUUCUGAAGCAGACGAAAGAUCAGUAUCGCAAGGAAUACAGAUACUACAAAGAGAAAUUGGAUAAACCAGUUUUAAAGCCUCCUUUAAUUGUUGACAGGUUAGAAAAGACUUAUUUUCCGGAGCAUCUUGAGUACUACAUCACUGACGGGGAGACCGGGCCCGUUAUUUAUCAGCACGAGAAGCAGAAUGAUCCUUCUUAUUUCGCUCUCCAUGAAUCGGUAGAGAGCAACAAAGUCGAUGGAGUCAUGGGCGUGCGGUGGCGAUAUUUUGAUGCCGUUGCAAAGACUCUGGAGGAGCUCGUGUAUACAAUGGAUCCGUUUGUGCACGAACUGAACGAGAACGCCUGCAUACAAGUUGAUUUAUCAGACUACUGUGAAGAAAAGAAGGACAUGACGUAUCUAACUGACAAAAAUGACGCCAGUCUUGACAGCAAGAGGCAGCAGGGUAAAAUGAUCACGUACCUCUUUUGCAUUCAGUCGCUGCAAGCCAUCACAGAACAGACGGUGAAGUGGAUGCCCAGUGAAGAUGUCAGCAUUUGUAGACCUCUGAUGAAAGCGCUCGUAACAGACGGGAGCGCCCUGCGUUCGUCGCUGCUGAUGAUUGAGGAAGAGCGCAACAAGAUGGCAGGGAAGUACUUUCACGUGACCUCGCAGAAUGGGACCCCGCUUCGAUUUGUCGUUUUCUUCAGCAACGAUGCGCCUGAAGUGAGAAGGGAUUACAGAAAUCUAACUGGACUUUCAAUGUCGUCUUUCAAGAAGGCCCCCACCGUCAUCAGUCGCUAUGGAAACUUAUGUCAGGAGCUGAAACGGAGCUGGCUGGCCUCCAGCCCUCGGCUCAGUCACGUUGGACGAGUCACAAAUUCAAGAACCAGGUGCAGGAGAUGUGGAGAGCACGGCCAUAAUGUCAGGAAGUGUUCGAAGCCCUCGCUCGAUAACAUGGAUGGAAGCAAAGUUGUUCAGCACAAGAGGCAGAAGAAGCUACGUGCAGUUCCUGUCGAUGCUUACACAGUUUCCUCCAGCAAUAUGGGACUUGUCCCAGCCGGAGCACAGCCGCAGCACAUACCGCAGGAACAGUCGUUACAGCAGCUCAAACAGGAACAACAAGAGUCCUUGGUGCAGAUGACAUCAGUCCCCGCCAACAUCACCCAGAACAACUCUGCCAUCAGGAGUGAGGACCAGCUGCUCUGGGCCUGUCCCGGUAUCACCAACGCUCCCCAGAACAGUACUCAUCAGUCUCAGAACACUCAGGUGUUGAUACCUUGUUCGAGCUCAGAAUUCCAGUCCAUGCCUCAUCGCACACUCAUUCAGGGUUCCCAGGGAGCGUCGCCUCCCGUCUACGUCUGGACGUACGCCGUGGUGCAGCCGCAGACUGGCUCGGUAGUCCAGCAGCAGCAGCAGCCUGUUUCUCAUCAGCUGUCAUCGAUACACCAGCAACCAGCCCCAGCAACAGCAACAGCAGAUGACAGUCAUUCAUCAGCAGCAGCAGCGGGUCAGCAGCAACUUCAGCCGUUAUCUGUGAUUCACCAGCAAGCUCUGUCAGUGGGACGCGAGCACGAACCCAGAGGUCCGUCGCACGACGUGCAACAGCUCGGCAUAAUCCACCAGACAAACAACGGACUGCAAGCCGUGGAGGCAUCGCAGCAGCAGCUGACGACGAUGGGCCACCAAUCGGCCAGUGCUCAACAACAACAGAUGUCACCCUUCGCUCCAUCAGCAGCAAGCAGC